CGCUUGCUUGUCUUUCCGAUGGCAAACGGCAGGGGCUCAUCCACUCCAAGCGGCCUCUCCGUCGUUCCCUCCGCCAUCCGGACGAGGGCGCCAUUCCCGCUGACCCUCUCUUCAGCCUGGGAGACUACAGGACGCGGCUUCCGGCCUCUCCGUCUCUGCCGCCUCCUCCAUUCUUGUCGUCCUCAGCCUUUGCCUGCAGCAGCAGCCGUCGCCGCGGAGCGGGCCUGGGAUGCCAAGAUGGCGGCGGCGGUGUCGGUCUUCCCCGGCGUGCGGCUCCUGACCAUUGGCGAUGCCAACGGCGAGAUCCAGCGACACCAGGAACAGCAAGCGCUCCGCCUUGAGGCGCGCACUGGGCCCGACGCUGCCUGCCUCGCUCUCUACAGCCAAGAUGAUGUUUGUGUGUUCAAGUGUUCUGUGUCAAAGGAGACAGAGUGCAGUCGAGUGGGCAAGCAAUCCUUCAUUAUCACGCUGGGAUGUAACAGUGUCCUUAUACAAUUUGCUACACCAAGUGACUUCUGCUCAUUUUAUAAUAUCUUGAAAAACUGCCGGGGCCACAACAUCGAGCAGUCUGUGUUCAGUGAGCGCACAGAAGAAUCUUCUGCUGUGCAGUAUUUUCAGUUUUAUGGAUACUUAUCCCAGCAGCAAAAUAUGAUGCAGGAUUAUGUCAGAACAGGCACAUACCAGCGCGCAAUCCUGCAGAACCACAGUGACUUUAAAGAUAAGAUUGUAUUAGAUGUUGGCUGUGGUUCUGGCAUCCUGUCAUUUUUUGCAGCACAGGCUGGAGCAAGGAAAAUCUAUGCAGUGGAAGCCAGCACAAUGGCUCAACAUGCAGAGGUUUUAGUAAAGAGUAACAACCUCACUGACCGGAUUGUGGUCAUUCCUGGGAAGGUAGAGGAGGUCUCACUUCCAGAACAGGUGGACAUCAUUAUCUCGGAGCCGAUGGGGUACAUGCUUUUCAAUGAACGUAUGCUGGAGAGUUACCUGCAUGCCAAGAAGUAUUUAAAGCCCAGUGGAAAUAUGUUUCCAACAAUUGGGGAUGUCCACUUAGCACCAUUCACAGAUGAGCAGUUGUACAUGGAACAAUUCACAAAAGCCAACUUUUGGUAUCAGCCAUCCUUCCAUGGAGUAGACUUGUCAGCACUUCGGGGUGCAGCAGUAGAUGAAUAUUUCAGGCAGCCUGUUGUGGACACCUUUGAUAUCAGGAUUCUAAUGGCCAAAUCUGUGAAAUACACAGUGAACUUCUUAGAUGCCAAAGAAGCGGAUUUGCACAGGAUAGAAAUCCCAUUCAAAUUCCACAUGCUGCAUUCAGGUCUAGUCCAUGGGUUGGCUUUCUGGUUUGAUGUAGCCUUCAUCGGUUCAAUAAUGACCGUUUGGCUUUCAACUGCUCCCACAGAGCCCCUCACCCAUUGGUACCAAGUUCGGUGCCUCUUUCAGUCUCCACUUUUUGCUAAGGCUGGUGACACCCUCUCAGGGACAUGCCUGCUCAUCGCAAAUAAGAGGCAGAGUUAUGACAUCAGUAUUGUUGCUCAAGUGGAUCAGACAGGCUCUAAGUCCAGCAACCUCCUUGACCUGAAAAACCCAUUUUUCAGGUACACAGGUACAACUCCUUCACCUCCACCAGGCUCGCACUACACAUCUCCUUCAGAGAACAUGUGGAACACAGGUGGCGCCUACAACAUGAGCACAGGGAUGGCUGUUGCUGGGAUGCCCACAGCCUAUGAUCUCAGCAGCGUGAUUGCUGGUGGCACCAAUGUUGGCCACAACAACCUUAUUCCUCUAGCAGCCAACACUGGGAUUGUAAAUCACACUCAUUCCCGGAUGGGAUCCAUCAUGAGCACAGGGAUUGUCCAAGGCUCAUCUAGUGGUCAAAGUGGAGGAACAUCAAGUGCUCACUACCCUGUCAACAGUCAGUUCACUAUGGGAGGCCCCGCCAUUUCCAUGGCAUCCCCCAUGUCCAUCACCACCAACACAAUGCAUUAUGGGAGCUAAGAGACCCACACCCGAUCCUCUGAACUGACAACACCAGGAAACCAAAUGAAGAAAAAGUUCCACCCCCCUGCCUUUCUGCCCCUCAGUUUGGCAGUUGCUUCUCUGGAUCUCUUCUAUUCCCCUUUCCCCCAGAGAAAAAUUAGGCUCACCAGAAAUGUACGAUAGAAGACGCCCCCACUUGUUCUUUGAUAGCAGACUUGUACACUUUUUUUUAUGAAAUGUUGGAAACUUCAACUUGCUCAACCGUGACUGAGUUCCUGCGCUCACUGUGUCUUACAACCAAUCAUGUUGCUAACAGUGUCACUCUUCAAUCGUCCAUGACUAAUCGACAUUAGACAAAGGCUAUAGAGCAACACUGCAACAGGGCCUUUAGCAGUACUGUGGGCAGCCCAGCAGCUGUGCUUAGUAACCUGAGCCUUCAUCUCUGUUCCCAGUAUUUUGAAUAAAGGGGCUGCAGCUGGCUGUAGAAUGGGCGCAGAUGAAAAUCCAGCUACGCAUCCUUCGUCCACAUGUUGAUUCUUCACUUGGCCUACCCUCUGGGCUAAUGUUUGCUGCUUUGCUAAGACUUAAGGGAGGUGUUUUCCUCCUCUUGUGAGGGAAUAGCAAUGCCCAGGCUCUCCUGGCUGCGUGAGGCGCUCCAGCAUUUCACUGCUAUAGUUCUUGGGCCUUGGAAGAACAUUUGAGACGAGAUGAACUGUUGUGCCACGAGUAUCUUAUCAGCCGGUCUGAUGAUUGCCUGUCUCUGGGGAAAUCUUGAUGUAGCAUCAAAGGGUUAAAAAAUUUAAAACAUGAAUGUACCAAAAAAGGUUGCUGGCUGAAAGUGAACAGUUUUUGUAUCAGUUUCGUUGCUCAGAUCACCUUGUUGGCUACGCCCAUUUCUGGCCCGUUUGUCUACAUUGUGUUCUCUAGUCCCUCUUUCUCUUCAGUUGGGCAGGCAGUGGACACUGGGUGCCAAGUGGCUUAGUGUAUAGGCUUGCCUGCUCCCUGUAGUAGCCACCAGGGACUCUAGAGUAGAUGGUUCUGGCAUCUGUUAUAAAAGCCUCUUUGUAGUCUUUGUAUGUGUAACCUGUAACCAUUUAUGGUAUUUUUUCCUUUCGAAGAGCCACUAGUUGGUGAACUUGAAAGGACUUGGCAGGGACCCAUUUUAUGGAGGAAAAAAUGUGUUUUACUUAAGCCAUUUCCUUUGGCUCCCAACGGGGGUUUGGUGGGCUGAAUUGGGGGGGAUGGGUAUUGCGCAUAAGCUCAUUAGUGGCUGAAUUGUGAGAUCUACACAGUCAAUUGUUAGGUCUGGCUGAUUUUGUGACUAUUGAAUAAAACUGGGAGGGUUUUGAA